AUGUUCGCCUCACUACUGCGUCCUCGACGACAGCGUGGUCAGAUUGAACAAUCCCCCUACGCAAUUCCCUCGCCUGGGUAUCGCGCCACGCCCCACAACGCGCGACGCGUCCACCGAGCCGACGAUAGCAGUGAUGAUGCGCCAGAACUCCAAGGAAUCGACGAAGAGGAUAUCGAUGAGGACUGGGAAGAAGAGGAGGAAGAUGGUCCACUCGACUCGACUCCCCUGCUGCCUAUGUUCUCUGUGUCACAUUUAGAUGCGCUGCCCGUUUACAACAUCACCCAUGCCAUCCGGCCUUUGAUCACCUCCCGCUGUGAAACGACCUUGACGUGGGAUCAGCUACGCUCCCCGCAAGUGUCCCAAUUCCUGAUCAAGCCGAUCCUGCAGAAAAUCAUGUCGGCCCACUUCUCACGCGCGACUCUAUAUGCAUUGAUGGCCAAUUGUCUACAAUUUGAGAAAGAGAUGCACUCGAAUCCGGGGAACAGCGGCACAAAUCAAACACGGGCGAUGGUCAGCGAACUAUUGGCCAUCAAAUUGUUGAGGGAAUACUCGACCCGAGAAUUGAUCGAUGCAUUGUCCUACGAGUUCUAUCCACUCCAGGGCCAAGAUCAAUCCACCACAUUGACCACUGGUCUCCAACGGAAACGGGUGGUUGCUGCCCGCGUGUCGUGCUUGGAGGUGGCUAUUCGUGCGCAGGCCAAGCGGUUCUUGGCUCACCCCGUAGUGGUGCAGCAAUUGGAGGCUAUUUGGGCCGGGACAGUUGUCUUCCACUCUGCCGCUGAUAACCUUCAUCGGCCUGUAAACAUAAGCCAAGGUGGAAACGUGGAUUACGGGGCAACAAUAGGUCCAAAUGGGCACAUCACAAUAGACCCCAGCAAUGGGACCCUUCGACGAUCAGUCACACUCUACAAUCCUCGGGACGCAUCCUUGUUCAAAUUGUCUCGGUUAAGAGUGCCACGUUAUCGACAAUUCCUAUCCACACUAUCCUUUGCAGUGCUCUUGGGGUUGUUCUUGGCUGUUCUAGACCGGCGCAGUCGCAGGAUCACAUCCCUUGAGGUUAUCUUCUGGUUUUGGAGUGCCGGUUUCAUGCUCGAUGAAGUUGUUGGGUUCAACGAGCAAGGUUUCAGUCUUUAUUUGAUGAGCUUUUGGAAUCUUUUUGACUUGGGAAUACUGUUAUUGCUUUUCGCAUACUAUUGCUUGAGGAUAUACGGUACAUUCCUGACUUAUCCCAGGAGCCAGAUCAUGGCCGACCAAGCUUUUGAUGUUCUUGCAGCUACAGCUCCCCUGCUGUUUCCAAGGCUGUUCUCAAUCUUGGAUCAUUACCGCUACUUCUCUCAGCUACUCAUUGCUUUCCGAAUAAUGGCAUCGGAUUUGAUUGCUGUCUUCGUGCUAAUUGUUAUCUCCUGCUCGGGCUUUUUUGUCGCUUUCUUGAACUUUGGAGAUAACAAGUCUCCCAAAGUGGUAGUUUAUGGCUUGUUCCAGAUGCUGAUGGGAUUCACGCCGACCGCAUGGUCAAUGUGGGAUGAAUACAACUUUGUGGGGAAGACGAUCCUGACUGUGUUCCUCUUCAUCUGUCACUUUGUUGUCGUCACUAUAUUGAUCACGGUCCUAACCAAUUCCUUCAUGAGAAUUGUCCAAAACGCAAAUGAGGAACAUCAGUUCUUGUUUGCUGUAAAUACCAUCUCGAUGGUCAAAUCAGACGCAUUGUUCUCCUAUGUGGCACCGACAAAUGUCCUCGCCUGGCUAGUGACCCCAUUUCGAUACAUGAUGCCGUUCCGCGAAUUCAUUCGCCUCAACCGAACAAUUAUCAAGAUCACCCAUCUACCUAUACUAUUCACAAUUUGUUUCUAUGAGAAGGCCGUUCUCAGUUCCCGAGUGGUGCAACCGAUGGAUAUGAUCGAACCCUCCUCGCUGAACGAGAUUCCGGCUCAUGCUCAGCAAUGGCACCCCAGUCGGUUCCGCGGGUUCAGUACCAGAGCAUCGGUUUUCAAGCGAGAACCCUCCGUAGCCACCUAUCAGAAGGAUCGAGCGUUGGAGGAAGUGUUCCGACGCCCAUAUAGUGAUGAUCGAAUUCAAAGACCCCCGAGCAUUGUGCAAGAGCGUCAAACCAAUAACGUCAUCAAAGAUUGGAUGCAGGAGAUUGGCUCUGGGCCAGCCCAUGGCCCCGAUGAUCAGGAUUCUGUAUUUGUCGGUCGUCUUGAUAUGCACACGCAACGACCCAGGCUUCCAUUCCGGGCUAGAUUGGGCCACCGAUCUCGAAACUUCACGGAAACAACCCGCUCGGUCGCUUCGAAUCCUGAGGACCGAACAAGCUGUGUUGCAAGCCCAGACAUAUGGCCCCGGCGCACAAGACAAUCUGCCUCACCCAUACAGAGACGGGAACUCUCCCAUCAUACAGACAUGGAAGGCGACGACGAACUGACCAGCAAUGAUGGUUAUUCAAAUGACGACAAACAUUCAGCCCAAGAGUCCACGUGUAAUACGGCCGAUUCAGCCGGAGGCAGGGAAAAGCCCUCGCCCAAGUUCUACAGCUCUCGCCCAUCUACAGCAAGAAUCAUCUCGCGUCGCAACAGCCCUACACGUCGUCCCCGGCAUGCACGCAAUGCUUCUGGGGUCACCAUGCUGUAUAACCCCGUCGAGUCUCCGAAUGAAGAAAAUGAAAGCCGGGCCACGCCCUCGCAGCCAGAUAGCGAUUUGUCGGAGGGAGAUCAGCUCCCCGUCGUCUCUGCGUCCAUGGACCAGGGCACCAUGAAACGUCACAUCUUAGAGGCUUCUCGUCCCCGAAAUCCUCUGAUUGGGCUCAGUCAAAUGUCUGUUCCUGAGGUAGAUAGUAUUUACCUUUCCGAUCGGCCCGCAGGAACACGGUCUCGCCCAUCCCUCCUUUUUGAUCUCGGAUCCGACCUAGGCGACAACAAGGCCGUGGCAGGAGGCUUCGCCGGUGCCAUUCCGUCCAGUUUCCAGACCCAACUGGGCUUUGGCGCGGCUAGCCUACGUCGCGAACCCCCGCACCAAACCCAAGACAUGCUCAGUAAAUUGGUUCUCGCCCGCAUGAACAACAUUGAAGAAGGGUUCCGUGAGGUGAUCAAGGAGUUCAAAGACCUCCGGCGCAGCGAGUCUAGCCGCAGUCCCAGCCGCCCUGAUGAAUCCCGAGAAGCAAAUCGGGAGAAAAAGAAGCGUGAGAAGAAAGAUUCCAAGAGAACACAUACCAGCUCACCCGGAAGUCACGCUAGCAGUGGUGCAACCCCAUUCAAAGCAGACGAUGUCACGCCCUCUACGUAA